CAGCUGCGCCUCCUGCACUCUGCGCGAGAAGCCGAACCACCCGCUACAGGAGGUGGCGCUGGUGCGCGUCACGCCGAGGGACGACGUGAGCGAGGUGCAGCGGCUGCGGCGCGAGAACGCCGAGCUCGCCGCCCAGUGCUCGCACGCCCGUGACCAGGCGACGGGGCUGCAGAGGGCGAAUCAGGAGCUGCAGGAGCGGAGGGAGCUGCAGGACUGCCAGAGCCAGGUCCUCAUGCAGAAGUUGCAGUACGACUACGACGCGCUGCAAGCCGCGCUGAGGCAGAUGGAAGAGCUGCGGCGGGAAGAGAAGGCGAUGCACGCCGACAUGCCGAGCCAGGUGGAGACGCUGCGGUGCGAGAACGCGGCGCUGAGGGCGCAGGCCCAGAGCUUGGCCUGCGAGAACCGACGCCUCGCUAGCAUCGUGUCGCAGCUCGAGUGCGACGGCGAGUGGUCCCAGAUCGGCGUUCUAGAGGAGCACUACCGGGAGAUCGAGAAGGCCCGCCAGGGCUGGCCGGCCCUCGGCGACGCAGGAGAGCGGCGCCCGACCUGCGCGGCGCCGGCGGGCGCCCGCCGCCGAGCGGCGAGGCCGCGGUUCCAGCCACCACGGUGCUGGAGGAGGGCGCGACGCCGAGGAA